GUCUUCCUCAUCUUCAAGGUGAGUUCACUCUGUGUUGUUCGCAGUAUUUCACCCAGACCUCUAACUUUUACGCUUAACAUACAUACAUAUGAGCAUUCCCCGCUGUAUUUAAAUUUGGACAGUUCAAGAUCUGUGCCUUUCGUCAGUGUUUAGGUUUUUCAUCUGACGCCGAAUUGCUGCUUUUAUGUUUCCAUUAGGUAGUCUCCGUGAUUCACAGCACCAAUGGCCCCGAAAGGUGAAUCUGCUAAGAGAGUUGAUCCCAAAGCUCAGGCUGCAAAGGUUGCCAAAGCUGUGAAAGGCACUACCUUCAAGAGGAAAGGUAAGAAGAUCCGCACAAAGGUCACAUUCCACAGGCCCAGGACAUUGAAGAAGGAAAGAAACCCUAAAUAUCCUCGCAUCAGUGCUCCUUCUAGGAACAAGUUGGACCACUUCCAAAUUCUCAAGUAUCCAUUGACCACUGAGUCCGCUAUGAAAAAGAUUGAGGAUAACAACACAUUGGUCUUCAUUGUUGAUAUCCGGGCUGACAAAAAGAAGAUUAAGAAUGCUGUCAAUAAGAUGUAUGGGAUCAUGACUAAGAAAGUGAACACUCUAAUCAGGCCAGAUGGAACUAAGAAGGCAUAUGUUCGGUUGACUCCAGAUUCUGAUGCCCUGGAUGUUGCGAACAAGAUCGGGAUCAUCUGAGCAUAAUGUUAUGUUUUAUUGUCUAGAUACUAUAUUUACAAUUUUCAAUUACUACUGCUCAGAGAUUCUUGUGAUUGUGUUUAAG